AUGGUCUCUUUCACCUCCAUCUUCACGGCCCUCGCCGCGGCGGCAACCGUUGUUGCCAGCCCUCUUGAGCUUGCCCUUCGUGGCAUCCAGCCUGGUCAGGGCACCCACGACGGCUACUUUUACUCUUACUGGACCGACGGUCAGGGGUCUGUCGACUACAAUAACGGCCCCCGCGGCUCCUACAAGGUCAGCUGGAGGAACGUUGGCAACUGGGUUGGUGGUAAGGGCUGGAACCCAGGUCCCUCUCGCACCGUCGCCUAUAACGGCACCUGGAACAACUACAACGUCAACAGCUGUAUGUGUCUCCUCCUCUCCGACUCUUUCGUUCUCUCUCAUGCACUCACUGACAUAAACAUAGACCUCGCCCUCUACGGCUGGACUGUCAACCCCCUCGUCGAGUACUACAUUGUGGAGGCCUACGGCACCUACAACCCCUCGGCCGGCACGACCAAGUUCCGCACUCUCCAGUCCGAUGGCGGCACCUACGACGUCUAUCGCACCCGCCGUGUGAACCAGCCUUCCAUCCAGGGUACUGCUACCUUUGACCAGUACUGGUCUGUCCGCCAGGUCAAGCGCGUCGGCGGCACCAUCUCUGUGCAGAACCACUUCGACGCCUGGACUGCUUCCGGGCUGAAGCUCGGCAGCUGGAACUACAUGAUCAUGGCGACUGAAGGUUAUGGCAGCACCGGCUCGGCUGAGAUUGAAGUGAGAGAGGUCCGCUAA